AUGCGAUCAAUUUGGUUGCAAUCGUUUGUUGUAGGACUUUGCUGUUUAGUUGUUCUAAGUUCUGGAGCAUUUCAUCAAAGUAGAGUAGCAUGGAGACCGUCGAAACGAAUGGAGAUGAUGAAAACGGGAGAAUGGGCGACUUAUAAGAAUUACCUUGAUAGACAGAGAAAGUUGAGCCCUUGGCAACUCCAAAGUUUACCGCAAAAUGUCAAUGAUUUCGCUGAUUUCGAGUAUCUUGGAAACAUCACUAUUGGUACUCCCCCACAACCAUUCCUUGUUGUUUUGGACACUGGUUCUGCCAAUCUUUGGAUUCCAGGACUAUCAUGCAAAACCAAUUGUGAUUCCAAACGAAAGUUUGACUCUUCAAAAUCAUCGACAUUUGUGAAGAAUGGACAAUCUUGGACAAUUCAAUAUGGAUCAGGAGCCGCUGCUGGAAUUCUCGGGCAAGAUACUGUAAAGAUUGGAGCUACCGGGGAGGAUCAAUUGACUAUUCCAAAGACUACAUUUGGCAUUGCGAACCAGAUUUCAGCAGAUUUCAAAAGCGACGCGACUGAUGGAAUAUUCGGAUUAGCAUUCACCACACUUGCAGUAGAUGGUGUAGUGCCUCCACUCAUCAAUGCUAUCAAACAAGGUCUUCUUGAUCAACCAUUGUUCAGUGUCUUCUUGGAACAUCGUGGAACACUGACUAACGUCGGAGGUGGAGUGUUCACGUAUGGAGCAGUGGAUACAACAAAUUGCGGUCCAGUUAUUGGAUAUCAACCAUUGUCGUCAGCUACCUACUUCCAAUUCAAGGCAAACAGAUUCCGAUUGGGAAAAUAUCUGAAUGCGAAGAUAGUCGAUGUGAUUUCGGAUACCGGAACUUCUUUCCUCGGUGGACCAAGUGUUGUCAUCGAUGAGAUGGCGAAGCAGGCUGGAGCGACGUAUGACAUUCUCGGUGAAGCCUAUAUAAUUGAUUGUGACGCCACACCCGGACCUCUUGGAGUCACAAUCGGAGGUCAUGACUAUCAAAUCGAGCACUACAAUUAUAUUGCUGAUGUUGGUGAUGGAACAUGCGUAUUGACUCUUUUCCCAAUGGAUUUUGGUGGCUUCGGACCAACUUGGAUUCUUGGUGACCCGUUCAUUAGACAAUAUUGUAACAUUUAUGAUUUGGGAAAUCUUCGAAUGGGAUUUGCUCCUUCUCUGCAACCAGCACCAACGAAAGCAUUCAUUUUUUACUUUUGUUUCAAAAUGAAGAAUGCUCUUUUGAUUCUUCUUUUCCUUUUCCUGGAACCAUUCAAUUCUCAAAAUCAUGAUGGUGGAAGAUUGAUGAUGAUGGACAAACAUAUGAGACGACUCAACUUAACUGAUAUUCAUUUCACUGAUCCGAAUGGUGUUGUGAGAGUGGAUACAGUGAUGAAUAAAUACAAUUCUUCAAGAGAAGAACUCAUAAGAAUAUUGAAGGAGAAAGUCAACGAGACUGCUUAUAACAUGGUGAAGAAUAAACCACAAAGGGUUGAUGAAUGGAACAAAAAAGCUGUCGAUCUUCCACAUCCAAUUCACAGUUCACAGUAUAACAAAACUGCAAAGGGAUAA